AUGAGCGUCGUCGGCCUCUCGGAGGGCGCAGGUGCAGAGGCACCCCUUCAUAAGCGUAGCGUGCGAUUGUCUACUGUAGGGACUGAAGAUGCAACCCCUGCAGCUGCCUCCGCCCGCCGGAGCACGCAUGUGAGCUCCGUAGAAGGGACGACGGCGCAGCAAUCCGGCGGCACUUCUAGCGAGGAGCCCCUCGCACCGAUCGGAGAAGUACCCAUUUCUAAUACCUCCGGAGAAGGGAGAGGUUUCUUGAGCGAGCGUAGCGUGCUCGAGGGUCCCCCUCCGACAACACCCCUGACAAUGGGCGUAAAAGAAUACUUGGAAACACAAGUUGCUCCGGCUUUAAUGCCGGCGCUCGCCGCCCUCUGCGAGGAAAGGCCCCGUGCUCCCGUCGAGUUCCUGGCUCAUUACCUUCUCGAAAAGAGUUUUGACCAGAAGAGGGAUGAGCAGGAAGGUGGUUUUAAAGCACCAGAUUAG